AUGAAUCCAUAUAAAGAGAAUGCAAAAUUAUCUUUGGAUUAAUUGAUAGAAAAAAGAGUAAGUCUUUAAUAGUAUUAAGCAAGUGUGGGACAGGGAUAUAUUAAGUUUUAGCAUUGUCAAUUUUAGUUUUUAUUGAUUUGAAUGAUGGAUGCGAGUUAAUUUUAAUGAGCUUUUUAAUGCCUAUUCUAAAAUCUGAGUGGCAACUAACAAGUUUGUAAAUCUAAGUCUUAACCAGCAUAUUUUAUUUGGGUAGAGUCUUCUAUUUCAAAAUAGACAAGGAAUGGUAUUAGGUUCAAUAUUGACUGGAUUUGUAGCAGAUCGAAAA